AACACACUUAAGAUGUCCGAUCAAGAAAUGGAUGCCAUUAUCAAGGCGACCCAACAGGCUUUGGGUAAGUAUAUUAAAAAGCCGCCACUCACGGAGAAGCUGCUGAAGAAGCCGCCCUUUCGCUUUCUGAUGGAUGUGUUCAAUUCGUUCAUCAAGCAGACGGGCAACUUUGAGGGCCUGUACACGCCUGAAGAGCAGCAGUUCGAGAAUAUAGGAGACCGCGAGGCCAAGACACGAUUCCUGCAAAAGAUGAUCGAUGCAAUCAAACUAACAACGAAAAAGGACCUCAAAGUGCGCACCUCAAAGAUUGUGGCUGGGCAAGAGGCCGAGCUAACCAACGAACUGCUCCAGGCUAUGGCCAGUGUGGCUGAGCAGAGUUUGGACUGGCAAACGGCCGUCGAUCAGGUUGUGAUGGCUGCCACUGCCCCUGCCCCUGCCACCAGCAAACCGGCCAAGGAAAAGCCCAAAAAGGAGAACAAGCCACCCAGCAAGCAAACCUCACCGGCUGGCAAGGAAGAGGAGACAAAACGAGUAGCCAAGGAGAAGCGCUUGUCGCCCCAAGAGCAGAAGUUGCGCAAGGCCACCGCGCUGGCAUCCCGCGCUACGCCAACGGAAAAGGAAAAACUAACUCAGAAGAAGACCAAGGCGACUGCUGGUGAGGCAAAGCUCAGUCGGCAGGGUUCCAAGCAGAAGAGCCCGUCGCCAGUGAAGCAGAAGACAAAGACUAAGGCGCAGACUUCAACCGAGAGCGAUACGGUGGCCAUGUCCAUGUCGCCCGUGCCCAAGGCAUCACCUGAAGCUGUAACCAAGAAACCAUCACCUGAGGCUGUACUCAAGAAACCAUCCCCGUCCUCAUCCCCAAAAGCUUCCAAAGAAGCAGCGGUGGCUGAUCCUGGCCAGGAAACCCAUCUGACAGCGCCUCCAACUGAAUCGGAGAGUCGCAAAUCAUCCAGCAAAAGCCGACGCUCCAGUGCCAGUCAGCGGCAGAUGGCAGCAGCCCAAGCGGAACCAGAACAGCCAGCCUCCAAUGAGGCCAAGAUGCAGCAGCAGCCAGAACCGAGUCCACGGGCAGACUCCAACAACAACCAGGAGGCCAGGCCAGAGGCUGCUCCCCCCCUCACACGGGAGAACUCCAAGGAGACCAAUCAGCGGCCACGCACUUCGUUGCGGCCGCCAAGUGCUCGGCCAGCCUCCGCUCGUCCCGGUGCUCCGCGGCGUCGCAAUGUGGAGAUUGUGCUGCAGCCCAACGAUCAGGUUAAGAUGUCCGGCAUCAAUGUGAAGCUGGAGACCUUUGGCGACCUGGACGAUGACGGCGAGAAUCUGGUGAUCAUCGAAGACGCCAACUCCCACGACAUUGAGAAGGGCGCUGCAGAGGAGCCGCUGCUGGAGGGUCAGCUAGAUGCACAGGGUCGAUUGGUGCAGCAAAUUCUGGAAACACAAAAGGAGCUGGUGCAUCAGAGCGCCGAGGCGGAGCAGCCGGCCACUCAACCCAAUCAGGGCGCCCGUCAGAGUUCUGCACGGCAAGUGAACGAUCUACGCGAUCUCAUCCAGAGCCUGACCAAGGCGGUGAAUCCACUUGGCAAGCUGAUGGACUUCAUACCCGAGGACAUUGAUGCCAUGCAGCUGGAGCUGACAAUGUGGCGCGACGCCUACACACAGGCAUCCACAGAGCUGAAGCGUGAGAGGAGCCUCACGGCAUCCGCCACAGAGCCCAUGAAGCAUCAACUGCUGCAGAUCGAUGCCAGCAUUGUGGAGUACGAGGAGCUCAUCGACGAGAGUCGCCACAAGAUUCUCCAGAACAAUGCGCGCAUUCUCAAGAUGCUAAUGGAACAGUGAACCAUGCACAGAGUACAUCUUGGAUAAUUGUGUUUAAUAUGUUUUAAUAUGUCUAUUAAAAAUAGAUGGAUAGACUAUGCCGCACGAAUAUACAUAAUUACGUAGUAUGCAAUUUGUAAAUAUAAUAUCUAAAAAUAUCCUGCACAUUUGUGUCGGCAAAGGUGCUUGUGUUUUUUCUCUCUUCUCUUUUGUGUAUAAAUCGUUUUAGAUGCAACAAACAAAUAAACAGACGGUUCGGCUGCAUUCAUACAUUUCUAAGGUCACUUGGUGUUUGAACCGAAACCGGAAAAAAAAGUGUAACUUUUUCUUAACUUAAUGCUUAACACUCCAUUCUCCCUAAGCCUUAUCAUCUGUAGGGGCCUCUGCGGUAUCCGAAUUGUGGUCGGAUGCAGCAUCAUUUUCUUUCUGCUUGCCAUCAUCCUCCUCCUGCU